AUGUCCAUUUUGGGUACUAAGGCUUCUUGUAUCUCUUUCAAGGAUUCUACUUCUGUAGUUAUUUUUGUGUUAUAUGUAGUCUUUAUAUCUGCAACCCAUGCUUGGGAUUUAUGUUUUUUUUUGCAUGGGUAUAUUGAAGCCAGUAAAGCUCGCAUUUACCACUCUGGAGAUGAUUCAGUUGCUUUAGUAGCUCAGACAGUUCUACUCUACGUUUUCGAGAAUAUACUGAAAUUAUUACAUCUAUUCAUGCCAUUUGUAACUGAGGAACUGUGGCAGGCACUUCCCAAUCGGAGAGAAGCUCUUAUAAUAUCUUCCUGGCCACAAACUUCUCUUCCCAGGAGUACUGAUUUGGUAAAAAUAUUUGAAAAUUUUCAAGCUCUGACUCGAGCAAUCCAAAAUGCUAGAGCUGAGUAUUCUGUUGAGCCAGCAAAGCUCAUAACUGCUUCUAUUGUUGGUAGUGAAGAAGUCAUUCAGUAUAUAUCUGAAGAGAAGGAGGUUUUGGCUCUCUUAUCCAAGCUAGAUUUAGACAAUAUUCAUUUCAAUGAUGAAGUAGUGUUAGGUUUUUCUUCUUUGUUAGCUAAUAUUAAUUUUAAUCUGCUGAUUUUAGCUGCCUGUUAUUUGAUUAGAUUGUUGGUUAUGCUGGCUUGAGUUGUGAAUCUGGUGAACAAAGAUGGCAAAGAAGAAGAAUCCCCUAGUUUAUAUGGAUGUGUCAAUAGAUGGUGAUCCUGCUGAAAUAAUGGUUUUUGAGGUAUGGUUUUAGCUACGGAAGCAAGUCAACAAAAUUUUACAUUUUUGUAUUGUCCUUUGCCCAUGUACUCUUGUUUUGAAUUACUAUGCAUUGGGUUUAUAUAUGUGUAUAUUGGAGAUUAUGCUUUUGCUUAUAUUUAUCAGUUUUCUUUGAUUCUUCA